UGCACGACUGUAUUUUAACAAGUUGCAUAUGUAAGCUGACAGUUCCUGCAAGCAAGUGUGACGCGCUCAGCACCAGUACUCUGGAACUUCCAGUGACUGAAAUGAUUUUGCAUACCACCCUGUACUACUUCCGCACUCCCAGACAAGGCUGCCCGAUUGAUUGCGAGUGCCUUAGAGGCCGUAUAUCAUGACCGCCUCCCAAUUUCGGACUGGGAUAACAAUGAUUUCGCUUUCAUGAAGGCGGUCACACAGUCAAUUAAAUUUGACUUCGACAGACUGAGGUGGAAGGGUCCCGCGGAAUCGGAUAAUGGGACGACGAAAACACAGUGGUUUGUUGUAGAGGCGUUGGCAGCUCACAUACAAGCAGAGAAGGAUGCAGCAUCAGUACGAGCAUUGAAGGAUGGCGAGAACGCCGAUGACGUGCUGGCGAAGUUGGACGAUGGCCGUGCAUUUUUGAUGAGCUAUUUAGGUCUCGACAACAAAGCGGGCCCACUCUCCAAAUACUUUGUAUGAAAGAUUGAUGGCCUGUUUAUAGUCCUAGGUUUACGGUUGUAUGAGGUAAAAGUGUAUUUGUGAAGUAUGUCAGACCUAAAUGAGCAUGACGUGACGAGAAACUACCAAGUAAUAAAGCAUGGUAUUACUUACUUACAUAAGUGGCGGACGAUGCGAACGCUCCCACCACAACGGUUCCCGAC